GGUAAAUUGGAUCUCGUGAGACUUCUGCUUAUCAUACAAUUUCAUUCUUGAUAAACAUAGUUCAGGGAGAAGUAAAUAGCUUAUUUAUAAUGAUUGUGACGGUACAGUAUGCGAAUUCUUUGGACUUUCUUACUACUGCCGGCGGUCUUUUCGGAAUUUGGUAUUAACAAAAAAUGCAUUACCCCACAUGGAGAUAUCGGUACUUGCAAAGAGCUAACUUCAUGUCACCUCUUCCAUACCCAUCGUAAUUUGCUGAACAACGUUUCUGUCAAAAAAUACUUGAGGCAAUCGUAUUGUGGUACAAGGUACAAUAUGGCGCUCAUCUGUUGUGGCCCUGAAGGAAGAAAUUUGUUCCAAGAAUGUGGUCUGAUGGACAAGUAUAAACCGAAAAUAUAUGGAGGCGAAGUUACAAAAACUCAUUUUCCAUGGAUGGUGGCAAUUCAAUACAGAGAACAUAACGAGGUUCCUGUUUUUAAAUGUCAAGGUUUCUUGAUCAACCAACAUUUCGUAUUAACAGCUGCUCACUGUUUGAGAUUUCAAAAAGUUCAUGCAGUCAUUCUGGGCGUCUCUAACUUGACGGAUUAUGAUCAACAAGAAUCCUACAAAAAAGCUCGUGUUUUAAAUAUCAGUUACCACGAAGAUUACGUGAAAGAUAUCGAUGACAUCGGUCUUAUUCGAAUCAAGCCAGUGGAAUAUACAGACAAAAUUCGAUGGAUAUGCCUACCCAGAAAAAAUGCUACUCUACCUGAUUGGUACACUAUACGAGGAUGGGGAAAAAAUGAUAAACAAAUCAAGGUUUUCAGUGCAGCGAUAGAGAGCAGAAUACGAUCUGCUGCACCUUCAAAUUGCCGCUUUGUUAACAGUAGAAAUAUAUCCUGGAACAGAGUCAUAUGUGCAGGUGGCGAACCCAAUAAGGACUCUUGCGAUGGAGAUUCUGGAGGUGCCCUAAUGAACGAUACAGCUGAUUUCGGUUGGACAGCUUUCGGUAUUGUGUCAUUCGGGUCCAGGAAUUGCUCCAGAGGGGAUCCAGGAGUGUACACCAGAAUUCAAUAUUAUCUGGAGUGGUUGGAUCGUAAAAUGAUGGAAAUGCUAGAGCAAUGAAUAUUGAUGAAUUAUUGUAUAUGGUGAAGUUAACACUCCUUGGCACCUGUAAAAUAGAUAAUAAAUUUUUUUAUCCUA